AUGGCUUCACAACCAAAAUCCCCAGAGGCAUGGUCUCCAACAAAGUACCUCGCCUUCAACAACGAGCGCAUGAAGCCGGUCCUUGACCUCCUCCACAACCUGUCCAAAUACGACAUGAACGGCAAGCGCAUCGUCGACAUGGGCUGCGGGCCCGGCAACUCGACUCAGGCCAUCUCCCUGACCUGGCCCGGCGCCGACGUCACGGGUGUCGACUCAUCAGAGCCCAUGCUCGAGCGCGCCCGCGCCGACGUCGCCAAGGCCGACGGCGGCAUGGCCUCGCACAAGAUCCAGUUCGAGCAAGGUGACCUCGCCACGUGGGUGCCAGGCGACGGCGAGUCCAACCCCGUCGACCUCUUCUUCUCCAACGCCGCCUUCCACUGGCUGCGCAGCCCGGAGCGCAUCCCCACCGUCGUCAAGCUGUUCCGCUCCCAGAGGCCCGGGGGCGUCUUCGCCUUCCAGAUGCCCGACAACUACGACGAGCCCUCGCACGCCCUCAUGCGCGAGGUCGCGCUGCUGCCGGGCCGGCCCUGGACGGACAUCUUUCUCGAGGUCGGAGUGGGGUACCACGGCGCGCUGCCCAAGAAGGUACGGGAUGCGGGCGUCAUGGCUUCGCGGCCGGAUCUCGACCCCAUCGAGCUCGCCGAGGAGUACUACGACGCCUUUAUGCCCUACGCGUCAGAGGUGGAGAUUUGGAAGACGACCUACUCGCAUGUGCUGCCCAGUGCGAAGCACAUUGUCGCCUGGGUCGAGAGCUCUGGGCUCAUGCCAUAUAUGGCUAUGCUCCCUACCGAUGCGAUGAAGGAUGAGUUCAAGGCGGAGUAUCUGGAACGUGUUGCGAGGGCAUAUCGUACAAUGUAUGACGGCAAGGUUAUUUUGAGGUAUCCAAGGCGUUUCCUUGUUGCAAAGCGAAAGUAG